CAAACAUUUUGCUAUGGCAACCAUCAAAAUGUUGUAAAAUACAACAGGGUUAGUUUACCUACAAAUUAUUACUGCACAAAAUAUCAUGGUUUUUGGCGCAAAAGCGGUGGUAAAUACAGAAAACUUCGUUGGUCAUGAUCAAAUCUGGAAAGAUCAUGUCACAAACGAAGCGACAGCGGCCAAGCAAUGGCCGGUUCAUUGGGGAUUUUUGAUCAGUCAGUACAAAAAGUUAUGUAACGAAGAUGACGGCGUACCUCAAGGAGCGGCUUCCGUUCGCGUCAAGGAAAGGCGAGAGAAAUUGAAACUUCCUCCAAUCGACAACGUGAAACAGCUUGGUGUGGGCGCCUCGACCAGAUCAUUUCCAAAAACCAGCAGCGGUGAGAUAGGUUGGCGAUCAACACAGCCUCAAUGCAGACUGGAAAGAUACGGCCGUUAUACGAAACCAGUUCAAGGAGUGUUGAAGUCUCUCAACUGGCCUCCUGAAUCUGUUGACUGAAGCAAAAUAUUGAUGUAUGAAAUUAGUUUACUUGAAUCACAGUCGAUGGAGGACGUGGUUUGAAGACAAUACAACUCCUUAAGCUUCCAUAGUUUCCAUUUAAUCGUAAUUGUCGCGAACAAGCCAUUUUCACCGAUGAGAAAUAGUUCGGAUGUAAAUUUGGUGUUUAUUUCUAUAUUUGAAUUGGUCAUUGCUGAGUGCACACAUCAGUGGCACACACAGAGAUUUAUUCUAUCACAUCAGCUAGCUUGACAUGUU